CUCAGCCUAACGAGGAAGAAGACGGAAGCGGUACAUACAAACAGUGCAAUGUUUCGACUCUUUGGCAAAAGUAAACCCGUGAAAAUAAGAAGUUGCAAUGAUAACAGAAAAUACGGUGUCGCAGCACAAGGCUUGAGAGAGUUGCUUAAAAAAGGCUGCAAGUUAUUACAGUUGCCACUUCCCGGUGCACAUGUUUGCUUGUAUGUUGAUGGGACAAAAGUGACAGAGGAUUUCUUCUGGACUCUUCCAGACAACAUUGAACUUGUUCUUCUCUCUGAAGAUCAGACAUGGAGUGGAGUUGUGUGUGACAUUGGUCAGUUACUCAACACAGACCGGCAUGCUGACGGCCUCAUUGAAGCUGCGAAAGGACUCCUGUCUGAUGAGGAGUCUCCAAAAAGGCGUAAAAUCCUGACUGACCUGCUGCAGAACCUGGAGGACAGAUCUGAGCUGGAGGGCAGGGAGGAAGAUGAAGACUGGUUCAAAGGUGUUGAUUCCAGAUUCAAGACCAAGUCUGCCUACAUGAAGUUCAACUGUGAAAGCAGAAUACGAGGCUACUUGAAAGAAGUGGAUGAUGCCACAAAAACCAUCCAGAAGGCAAAAGUCAGAGCUGAGUUUGAGAAAGCAUCCAACUGCCUGGUGGAAAUGUUGAAGACCGCAAAAUACAACGGCUGCUACUUUGACAGGACUGAAAAGGAGCCACAUCGCCUCUGCACUCUGGAGGGAUGGUUCACCUGCCAGGGAUCGUUUGACCAGGACGUGUGCCCGUCUCUCCACUCGAUCAACCCUUACGGGAGCCGGGAGAGCAGGAUCAUCUUUAGCACCUGGAAUCUGGACCACAGGAUUGAGAAGAAGAGGUCGGUCAUUCCCGCUCUGCUGGAAGCUCUACACAAUCACAAGAGCACAGAUGUCAACCUGAACUACUUCUACGGCUUGCUGUUCACCAGGGAGAACCUCAAACUGGUUCACAUCGUGUGCCACAAGAAAGGAGCGCACAACCUGCUGUGCGACACCAAAAAGAUUUUAAAACCAGCCAGUAAAACAGAGCAGGCAAAACAGAAAGCCAAAGGGAAGAAGAGGCACCUGGUGUGAAUGUGUUUGUGAAAAGUAAGUGUUUAGACUGUGACAACAUUACGUAUUACACCGAUGUUUAUUCUGUGAAUUAUCUCAGCUCCCUUAUCGCAAGACCAAGUCAACAAGGUGUCACUACUUUUAACCUCACUUGAUUAUUUUUAUCUCAUAUUUUGCUUGUGGUCAGUGUAUCCAUUUUUUAUUUUUUUUUAAAGAUUUAUUUUGGGGCUUUUUGAGCCUUUAUUGGAGAGACACGACAGUGGAUAGAGUCAGAUAUUAGGGACAGAGAGAGUGGAGAAUAACAUGCGGGAAAUGAGCCACAGGUCAGAUUUGAACCUGACCGCCCGCUUUGAGGACUACAGCCUCUGUACAUGGGGCACACGCCCUAACCACUCGACCAACAGCACCCCAAGGUCAGUGUAUCUAAAAAAAACAGACUAACAGUGAUUUGUUUGACACAAAGGAUGAAAUCAUGAGAAAAAAACAUUUAUUUGUUCUUGUAUUGGCACAAUGAUGUAAACUGCAUGAACUGAUUAUACAAUGCUUGAAGAAUGAGGCACAAAGUUGCAUAGACGAAUAUGAAAAGCUUUUUUUUUUUUUGCAUAAAUAAGGCGGUAAAAAUAUAUAAAACAUUUGAU